UGAUUACAUGACAAUACAUAAACUACGCUAAUAAAGGUCUUUAUCUUGGUUGAUUCAGAUCAAGACUGUAUGGCUGACGGCUGACGCUCUACACUUUCUCAAAUUAGGCAGAUUCACAACAGAGAAAUGUCUGAAGGCAAUCACGAAGAAAACACUUGUAAGACUACACCUGUUGAAUUCUCAGCUGGGACUCUGUCGACCUUUGACGACGUGUUCAAGUACGUUAACUCGUUUGGUUGUUAUCAGAGGGCUCUGUACGCCGGAGUCAACCUUCUCAUCGUUCCCAUCGGGCUGCAAUUCGCUCUGCUCGUUUUCGCCUUCGGAACUCCUAAGUUCCAUUGCAGUGAUGUUAACUCCACAUGUGCUCCGAGCAAGUGCUGUGACAACUGUUCUUCGUACACGUUUGAUGGACCGUUUACUAGCGCAGUGUCCGAGUGGAACUUGAUUUGCGACAACGCGCACAAAGGCGCCGCCGUGCAGUCAUGUUUCUUCGCUGGAAUGCUCAUUGGCUCAUUGGUCGGUGGCUGGGCCUCGGACAGAUUCGGACGGCGCCUUUGCCUCCUGGUCGGUUCAGCUAUCAUGACGAUUCUGUCGUUCGGCACGUUUUUUGCUGACUGUCCCUCCCUCCUUGCCCUGUUGCGGUUCGGUGUCGGGUUUGCCCUUGCGUCAGUCAUGGUGUGUCAGUACGUGUACGUGAUAGAGCUGGUCGGACCAAAGGCCCGGACGAUGUCCGGUAAAGUCCAAGACUUCUUCUGGGACCUAGGGGAUAUCUUGUCUUUUACGUGCGCGUAUUUUAUCAGAGAAUGGCGAAUGCUCAUUCUUUGCGUUACGCUGUUUUUCGUGCCUUUUUUCUUCUUCUGGAGGGUGUUUCCAGACACUGCGUGCUGGCUCAUCGCCCAAGGGCGUCAGGAUAAAGCUCGAGAACUCCUCAUGAAGUAUGGCGGCAAGAAGAAAAAGCCUUUAGACAGUGAUAACGUGACGGCGAUGAUUGAAAGCAUUUACAACGAGGAGAUGAGAGAGCAGGAAAAGCGCAAAAACGGCAAGAAUUACACUGCCUUGGAUUUGUUCCGUUCACCGAAAUUGAGAAAGCGAACUCUGAUUCUCUGUUUUAAUUGGUUCGUCAUCUCUCUCAUCUCCUUUGGGAUUUAUCUUUACAUCACCGCAUUGGCAGGAAACCUCUACGUCAACUAUCUUGUGAUGACUCUUCUUUCCGUUCCGCAUCUUCCGAUUUCUUGGUUUCUCAUGCAAAGGUUUGGGCGUCGGAUUCCGUUCUUCGGUUACAUGUUCAUCGCUGGUAUUUUAUGCUUGGUUAUAAUGGGGAUCCCGAAAGGCAAUGCAGCUAUCGUAGCGGGUCUUGCUAUAUUUGGUAGAAGUCUAACAGCGUGUGCAUUCAACAACAUCUACCUUAUUUCCUCAGAGCAGUUCCCUACAGUUGUAAGGAAUAUCGGCAUGGGAGUGGGCUCCAUGUGCGCUCGUGUUGGCGCCAUUUUAUCGCCGUUCAUCGUCAUGCUGGCCCAGCUUCCAGGGUUUAGCUUGACUUUCCCCGUCAGCAUCUUCGGCGUCCUUGCCGUGCUAGCUGCUAUUUCGUCGCUAUGGUUACCAGAAACACUCAAUACCAGUCUCCCGCAGACUAUCGAGGAAAUGGAGAAGACCAAUGAGCAUUAUGGGGUCCCAUGCUUUACUCUGCGAUCAAAGAAAACCGUCGAAUAUGCCUUUGAUAAUAAUGAUAACGAUGGCAAUGUAGAUUUUGCUUGAAAUUGAACCCUUUCACUGUUCACAAUAAAGAUGUCUUGUCUGA